CAGGCUUUGACAGAUUCGUCAAAAUGCCAUCUCAAAUGGAACACGCCAUGGAGACCAUGAUGCUCACAUUCCACAGAUUUGCGGGGGACAAAGACUACUUGACAAAGGAGGACCUGAAGUUGCUCAUGGAAAGGGAGUUCCCUGGGUUUUUGGAAAAUCAAAAGGACCCUCUGGCCGUGGACAAAAUCAUGAAGGACCUGGACCAGUGCCGAGAUGGCAAAGUGGGCUUCCAGAGCUUCUUGUCACUAGUCGCAGGGCUCAUCAUCGCGUGCAACGACUAUUUUGUGCUACACAUGAAGCAGAAAGGAAAGAAAUAGACCAGGCGAGCACCGACGCUCCCGCCCCGUGCCUGUCCUCCCGCAGUGUCACCCGAGGAAUCUGCCCCACUGCUCCUUGCAAGCAGAUCAGGACCCUAGGGAAAUGUGCAAAUAACACCCAACUCCCAAUUCGACGAGCAGAGAGAAAAAAAGGAGUUAAUUCGGUGACGGAGAAGCUUGUGAGUUUUAUAUGGUUUGCACCCUGCUGCCCUCAAUAAAGAAAGUC